UCCAUCCCAGCAGGCAGCAGAAAGGGGAGCGAAGGGUGCAGGACAGAUCCCGUCCUCCUGGCUCCCUCCCACCGGCACAGCGAGGAGCCGCGCGCCAGCCCCAGGGGACAUGGCGGUGCGGAUGGCGAUGGGGACCUGGCUGCUGCUGCUGCUGCUGCUGCUGCUGGUGUCCCCGGCACUCUCGGCAGCCCCUCGACAUGUGGCCGUGCUGCCCGACGACGGGGGCAGCGGGGACGGCGAGGAGGUUUCGGCCGUGCCGCCCGUCCGCCGUGUGACACCGGGCACCGGCCCGACGGUGGGGGACGCGGUGGGGACAACGGUCACCAACAGCUCGGCACCGGGGGGCGUGCUGGAUGGGCUGGUGGACUUCUUCAAGGAGUACAUGCUGCUGGUGGUGGUGGUGGGCUCGCUGGCCUUCGUCCUCCUCUUCAUCGUCUGCACUGCCGUCAUUGUCCGGCAGAAGCACAAGGCGUCUGCCUACUACCCCUCCUCCUUCCCCAAGAAAAAGUACGUGGACCAGCAGGACAAGGUGGGGGGGGGCAAGGAUUUCACCGAGGUGCCCGAAAAAGCCCCCGACCCUGAUGCUGAGGAGACCCUGAACUGCAACCAGCAGCUGAAGGCAGACAUCCUCGCCGCCGCCCAGAACCUCAAAUCGCCCCCCAAAGCCAAUGGGGCCCGGGAGGAGCAGAAACCACCCCCCGAGGAAGACAAAGAGGAAGGAAGCAAAAAGUUAGGGGAAGAGCAACCCGCCGAGCCCCCUCCCCAAAAUCCUGGCACCAAGGAAGUGUCAGGUACAACCGGAGCAGGGGGCGAGGGGACCCCCAGCGCAGCCCAUGACAGCCCCCCUGGACCCCCUGGCAUCUAGGGCAGGGAUUGGGUCCCAUGUGAGCCCCAAGGAGCUGCCAGCUCGGGGGAACACCCUGUGGACAUGUGAUGGACGUGGCGGUUUGUUGCUCCAUGUGUACGUGGUGGCUCAAGGAAGCCCUGAUGAAGCCCCUCUCUGCUCCCCCCCACACCCUUGCAGGACACUGUGGCCAAGCCAGGGGGGUGUUUGGGCAGCUGGUGGUUUGGGGCAGCCCUAGAGUCCCAGCAGCCCCACGGCUCCUGCUGUCCAAGGGGGCUUUUCCCAUCCCCAGGCACUGUGUGGGCACAGCCCCCCGGCUCCAGCUCUGCCCCCCACCCCCGGUGCUGUGACCCCCUCCCCCUCUGCCCCACACCGCCAGCUUGCUCCCAGAUGUAAUUGUACUAAUUAGCCCAUGGUGGCCCCUGGUGGGGGGGGGGGACAGGGCACCACGGCCAGGGCUGUGCGGCGGGACAGGACGUGACCACGGGCUGGCUCUGCUGACUGCUGUGACACCGGGGACUCGAGGACGGGACAACCUUGGCUAUCCUGGCCCAGCCCAGAGGAGAAGGGAAGAGCAUUUAGGGGCCAGGACCCUCCUUUCGUUUUUCUUCCCCCCAGGCCAUGACCCACAGCCCAGCUGGACUUUUUCCUGAUUUUCUUACCCCCUUCAGCUAACAAUAAAGACAUUUCCCACA